GUCUCCGUAGUGACGUAGCACCCAAACAAGAAGCGGCUCGCUGUUGAUUAGCCAAAACUGCGACAGAAACGAGUAUUUAUCUUCAUAUGAUCGGAUUUUAAAAAAUGUCUCAAGAUCCCUGGUUACAGAAUUACGAUGCUACUUGUCGCCUGGCCCAAGAAACUGCAGAAAAUAUCCAUGAACGAAACAGACAGCAGAGGACGGGGGGUAACCCUGCAAAAAUCAACAUGACACUUAGGGCGAAUCUACAGAAGCUGAAACAGAAUAUUUCCCAACUGAAAGAAGGUUUGCUGCGGACUUCAUCGUCUCGUCGGAUAACUCAAGCAGAGGCCGACAGGAGGCAGAACCUGAUCGACGACCUGCUGAGCCGAGAGAAACAACUCAAUGCAACGUUUAAAGGAGAGUCGUCAGGAGCUGAAGUUAACAGAUCUUCUCUCAUGACGGGGGGAAACGGUGGAGCUGCGGCCAAUCCCUGGUUGAUCAAUGAAACCGACGAGACUAAAGGCCUGUCCUUUGGAGAGAUCAAACAGCAGCAGCAACGCAUCAUCAACGCCCAAGACGCCGGUUUGGACGCGUUGGCGGCGGUCAUCAGCCGGCAGAAGACGAUGGGCCAGGAGAUCGGGAACGAGCUGGAUGAGCAGAACGAAAUUAUCGAUGACCUCGCUCAUCUCGUGGACAAAACCGACGGCCGCAUCCGUAACGAGACACGACGAGUCAAACUGCUCGAAACAAAGUCUGCCUCGUGUGGGAUGUGGGUGGUGAUCGUCCUGCUCCUCAUCGCCAUCGUCGUGGUCGCGGUGUGGCCCGUGUAGCCGGACGGACCUCCGCAGUUUUACAAAGACGUUUUAAACCUAUUUUUUUUACAGCUACGACUCUCCUUCUGCAAUGAAAACAAACUUGAAGAAGCCAAAUUAACACGUCGCUAUGUUUAUGUUUAACGUAUUAACCGCACGAAUGUGAAAACGGUUCGAUUUUCUCUGUAUUUACUUUAAGUCUUACUGUUUAAAGGCUCCGUACGACGCUGUUUUCUAAUGUUUCCUCAGCACGAACAAACCUGGAGUUCUUCUAAAAAACGGAAAACGCUCUGUUCCACCUCGUGAUGUCAUCGUGUGGCGAUACAGGAAGUGCUCCACUGUGUUUUUAAACUCCACACACCUUCAAUUUAUACAAUCAUUUGGAUCAUUUCAGCGUCUGGAAUUGCUGAUCUCUACAGAACUAAAGGUAAAAUGUAGAUGGAUAAACGUGAAAACUACCACUCGAUGACAUCACAAGGUGGGACGGAGCGUUUUGAGCUUUGGGGAUGUGACAGACUAAUAAAAAAAACACGUAACGGAAACAAAACUCAACUCCAGGUCUGUUUUUGAGCAGGAAACAGCGUCAGAACACGACUUAAACCUCAGGAGAGUCAGUUUUGCGUAAUAUCGAACCUUUAAACAGACGAGUUUAUUAAAAUUCCAGGUUUUCUCGUGUUACUGAUAAAUACACUGCUUCCCUGUAAAUGAUCAGAGCUGCUACUUUUUAAUAAAUCAUUUUAAA